AUGAAUGGCCUAUUCGACGCUCCCAGGAAGCUAAAAGGUCUUUCAAUAUCUCAAGUUGUCCCAGAAGAUGCAGAUGACGCAGGAGAAUACGCACCGCAAUGGCUUAGGAACGUUAAGGGCACCAGGCUACACCCAGAAAAGCUAUCUUUGGUGGCAAAUGUACUUGGAUACAAUCACAACCACUCACCAUCACCAGUUACAUUCAAUUCUGGUUACUUACUCACUGUUAUUCCUCCCAAAUCGCUUAAAUCCAAGUCUAAUAACAGCAAACAGUUCAGUAGAGGCAUUCUUAUACCAUUACAACCCUCUUUACCCGCAAUGAGAGCUGCUAUUGCCAGAGAAUUCAAUCUACCUUCUUCGGGUGGUUUGGUUGUCUAUUUAGUGGAGAAUAUGUCUCAGGACUCUGAAGACCCUGAUAACUACAUCGAUUACCCAGGACCUCUUAUAAACGACGAGUCCUGGAAUCUUCUCUGGAAAUCUCACCUUCGUUCUCCCUUUUUCUCGGAAAGAAUGCCCGAUAAAAUACCAAACGAUCACCCUAGAGCGACACCCUCACUCAAAAUACCUUCCACUCAUCAAUCCAUUGCAGGCAAAAUUGAAUUUGAUUUCGACACGGAUUCAAAAGCCGGUAACUGGUAUAGGUCUUGGCAUUACCCUAAUCUUCAGAUUCCACUAGCUGACGGUAAGCGAAAGUUUAAGCUGCGCUCGGAUAGUAAAAGCGUCCGAGGUACACAUAACACACAUGACACUCAAGGUACACGUGAAACACGUGACACCCAGAAAAUAACGCAAGAAAUCUUCCUUGACAAUAAGGACACAGCACAAGAAAUCUCAUUUAACACCCAAGACAGCUCUCAAGUUCCUACUCCUGCUGCUCCCUCUAACCCAACCCUCGAUACCAAUACCAACGACAAGAACGAAUCACCACGAUCUACUUCUUCACUACCUUACCGUACAUUCGAGUUGGAAACACUGCACUCUUUACUGAAUCCACACUCCGGAGACAGUUCCCCAACUCAGUCCAUCUCUCAACAAACCAAUUACGACCAAAAUCCAGAUGAAAACCAAGACAAAAACCAGAACAGGGGAUCUGUUCACGUUAUGCAGGACACACUCGACGAGCUCGAAAAAGCACUUACUGAGCUCAGUCCAAAACCUAUCAAUCUCCAGGAGGAUUUUGGGCAGCGCCGUGAUGCUGUACAGAAAGCCGCUCGUACUCUAUCAAAGAUUGGCAACAGGGACGGUUUCCAUAUGCCACGCAAAGAUGAUGGUACUUUGAAAUCGUUUGAGGAAAUUUCAGACGAGAAUGAGAUCAAUGAGAAGGUGAAAGAGAAAGAGGAAGAGAAUUGCACUACGCAGCAAACACAGCACGGCACAAUCAACGCACCAAAAAACACCACAGUCAAUACCGUCGGAUCACGCCAAGGCUAUCGUAAGGAUGACGAGCCUGUUGAUCUCCCAAAAUCACCAUCACGGUCGAUGGAGUCGAGGAGUAACAGUCUGUCUAACUCGGAUGACAGUAACCAAAACGACACUCUCACUGAAACUCCAGCAACAGAGACUGAUAUGUCUAGAUACACUCCACCACCCAAACCAUCAUUUAAACCACAUCUCAGUAUCGAAACUAAUCCUCACCCUCAAGCUCACCCUCAACAUCCCCUAUUCAGCAUAACUCCUUCCUCACCCUGGAGUACUGGACCAAAAACAGCACCACCAAAUUCAACCAACAUAUCACCGCCACGGUCUGGAUUCAAUCUGCCAAAAACUCCAACAAGCGCUGAUGAGAAUCGAUCAACCAAGACCUCACUUACCUUUGGCGGUCGUCGCAAGGAGUCCAUUCAGAUGGACAAAGCAGACAAGGUAGAGAAGAUGGAAAAAGUGGACAGAAAGAACAGCACAGAGUCCAAGAGAUCCAUCAGCUCAAAGGAGGCAUUAGGAUUGGAUGGGUUAGGUAUAAAGGGAUUUAAAUUCUGGUCAUCGGCCAAAGGUAGCGCAGGCAACAAUAGCAAUAGCAGUACAAGCGCCAACCAAGCACCACCGGCGCCAAAACAGAGAGAGAGAGCACCCAGCAUAACAAUGCCUAUGGGAGUAGUCAAGACAGCUUCUGGGGGUCCAGGGAGGAUAACGCAGACUUACUCACACCAGCCCGUCCCCGCCAAUACGUCUAUGUCUAUGAGAUCUAUAUCACCCACACUAUCAAGUCAAGACCACGGCACCGACGCUACGACGUCGAUGAUUGACCAUUUCCCAGACAGCCGAUACCCCAAAGACAUAGAACUGAGUGAUGGGAAGCCAGAUAUGGUCCCGCUAAGACCACCGCCAGUGCGUCAAAAUUACGUCGAUGGUGCACAAACGGCGAGGACGCAUUCGUGGAGCAGCUCAACGAAAGCUCGCGGAUUUCGUGCCCGUAAGCAGUCGUUGGAUAACGGUGUAGGGCCACCUACACUGCCAAACCAGCACUCCGUCGUGCACUCAUACUCUUACUCUCACUCCACUCCCCUCCCGUCAACAGCGACUUUUGCACCGCCGGAACCUAUACCGGAGAACCUGGAGGAAAUUAAGAGAGAUUCAGAGGCAGAAGCAGCCGAGGCUGCAGAAGAGGAAAAGAUAAAUGAAAUACUGGCCAAAGAACGCGAAAAGGAUUUCGAGGCUAAGGUGGAGGCGUUCGAACAGGACCAGCUGGCUUCUCAAGCCAGAGCUAGAGCGCUCACUUAUCAGGAAGAGACGAGAAAAGCUAUCAAAAAAGAAGAAGAGCAGGAGCCCGAGUUAGUUUCCAAGAAAAAGGGCAUGCCUGGAUCGAGGUUUAGCCUCAGCCCUCCUCCAUCCGCUUCGCGCAAAUUGCCCAAUGUGCCUGUCUUCUCUAGGAGGCGGUGA